UUUCAAUACACGUCACCAAUUUCUAUGCAAAGCUCCUCCCCUUCCUCCGGUAUCGUGACUCCAUCAAAACCCCCCUCUCUCUCUUUUAGCCUCUCUCUCUCUAUAUCUGGUUGCUUGCUGAACCUAGAGCUGCUGCUGCUGCUGCUGCUGCAUUUCGGAGUUGGUCUGAAACGUUGGGCUGAUUGGGGUUUGUAUCUGUCAUGAAGAAGCUUUAUAGGAAGAGUACGGUGCAUCCGACGCCGUCGGUUGUGUCGGACCAUUUGCUUUCGUUGCUGCCGGCGGCGAUAUUGGCUUUGACUGCUGCUCUGUCGCCGGAGGACAGGGAGGUUCUCGCGUACAUCAUAUCUUGUUCCUCGUCCACUUUUUCGGAUACCAGUCGCAGGAGCAGCAAAGGCGGCUGUUCUAAGGGCGGCGGCGGCGGUUGCGGCGACGACCAUCCGCCUUGCUUUAACUGCAGUUGCUUCCGUUGCUACAAGAGUUAUUGGGUGCGAUGGGAUGAGUCGUCGAACCGCCAGCUUAUAGACGAGAUAUUAGAUGCUUUUGAGGACAGCCUUUUGAAGGAGAGCAAGAAGGAGAAGAACAGGAAGGAUAGGAGGAAGGGGAAAAGUGGCAAGGCGAACAGUACUCUCGUAUUGGAUGAGUCGUUCAAUAAGUCUGACCUAAGUUCGGUCAUGGAGGAUUCUAACUUUGGCGAGUCAACCGCGGCGUCGGAGAGUGCGGCGGAGACUGCUGCCGGCGGCGGCAGUAGUGGCGGCGACGAGGAUGACAGCGUCGUGGAGGAGGAAGAAGUGGAGAAGGGUUCGAUGAGGAGGUUUGUGAGUUUUCUCGGGGAGAGGAUUUGGGGCGUCUGGGGUUGAAGAAGAGGGAUAACAAAUUGGGGAAGAACCAGAGGAAAAAAAAAAGGUUUGGUUCAGUUUCUACACUUAGCUCAUGCAAUUGAAGCUGUUUUCCAUUUUUGCAGCAAUUAUAUAUCUGUUUUGCGUUGAUCGAGACUCCAUCUGCACUGUAAAUUAUGCUCCAUGUCUAGCUUUUGAAUGAUCAUUACAAUCCCUUUACAUCAAUUCCAGCAAAUUUUGAAGGC